ACCCUAACCAUCAACUUAUUAUCUUCUCUUCCUCUUCCUCUUCCUCCGCAUAUUCAGUUCCUCUCCCUCUCUCCCUCUGGAAAUGGCAGAGAAUUAUCCAAUCGUUUCAUAUUUCAUGGUAAUAUUCAUCGUAAUCCGAUUGCUCUCAACAGUCGGCAAAUCCAAGCCCUCAGCUCAUUCCCUCCCCGACAAGCUCGCCGACAAGCUCCACACGGACCUGGAGUCGAUAAUUGCUGCCUCGGCAGACUUCGGCAACAUCGUCCGGGAAACCCCCGCGGCCGUACUCCACCCGUCAUGCCCCGAGGACAUUGCGGCCCUCGUAAAGUUCACGUACGACAACGAUAAUUCCUCCGUCCCGUUCGCCAUCGCGGCUAGAGGACGCGGCCACUCGGUCCGGGGACAAGCCAUGGCCCGGGGUGGGGUUGUGGUGGACAUGACGUCGCUGGCGAGGCACCACGGCAGUGGCGGGGGAGCCGCUAUUGCCGUGUCGUGGAGCAGGCAGCUCGGGUACUACGCCGAUGUCGGUGGCGGGCAGAUUUGGCGGGAUGUGUUGGAGGCGACACUGAGGCACGGGCUCGCGCCCGUCUCGUGGACGGAUUAUCUGUACCUAACCGUGGGUGGGACGCUCUCUAAUGCUGGCAUAAGUGGGCAAACGUUUCGAUAUGGUCCUCAGAUCAGCAAUGUGUAUGAAAUGGACGUCAUUACUGGAACUGGGGAGCUUAUGACUUGUUCGCCCGACGAAAACCCGGAGCUGUUUUACUCUGUUCUCGGAGGUCUUGGCCAGUUUGGCAUAAUAACGAGAGCGAGAAUCGCCUUAGAUCGAGCUCCAAAGAGAGUCAAAUGGGUGAGAAUGCUUUACAGUGAUUUCUCGGCUUUUACGAGAGACCAAGAGCAUUUGAUUUCAAAGAAUGGGAGGGACCAAGGCGAUGCACUGGACUAUGUGGAAGGGCUGCUUCUCAUGCACCGGGGUCCUCCGGAUAGUUGGAGAUCUUCUUUCUUCCCUCUGUCAGACCACCCGCGGAUUGCAUCGUUGGUGAACCGACAUAAGAUCGUCUACUGUCUCGAAGUAGUGAAAUACUACGAUGAUCUCACGCAAAAUACUGUGAACAAGGAUCUGGAGAAUUUGUUCCAAGGAUUGAGCCAUAUUCCCGAGUUCGUGUUCCAGAAAGAUGUAGCCUACGUCGAUUUCCUCGACCGAGUACGAGAAGGAGAGCUGAAACUCACAGCACAGGGCCUUUGGGAUGUUCCUCAUCCAUGGUUGAACAUAUUCGUGCCCAAAUCUCGCAUUUCAGAUUUCAACGACGGUGUUUUCAAGAGCAUCAUCCUCAAAAGGAGCAUAACUACCGGAACUGUCCUCAUUUAUCCCAUGAAUCGAAGCAUGUGGGAUGACCGGAUGUCUGCAGUUGUACCGGACGAGGAUGUGUUCUACACCAUAGGGUUUUUGUAUUCGAGCGGUUUUGAUGAUUGGCAACAAUUUGAUCUCCAAAAUAAGGACUUGCUGAGUUUUUGUGAAGACGCAGGCAUUGAGGUUAAACACUAUCUUCCAAAUUUUGGCAAUGAACAAGAAUGGAGGAGACAUUUCGGGUCGAAAUGGAGGUUGUUCCGUCAGAGAAAAGCCCGGUUCGAUCCGAAGAUGAUAUUUUCUCCUGGGCAGAAAAUAUUCAAUCGCAACCAAAGCAUAUAGACUCGUCGCUGCUGCAAUUUAGGGUUUCAUAGGAUAGUUAUCUUUCCUCUCUCUUAUCUCUCUCUUAUCAUGUUGAUUCUUUUUCGAAAUUGCACCAUCUCACCUUGUUUAAUGAGUCAGCCAGUCGCACUAUAAGAUGUAUUUAUCUUGUACACAUUGAUCGUGGCGCUAGUGAAGAGAAGUCCUUUCGAUUUUGUACAAACUGUUCAACAUAUUAGACACAUCUUCGAAAGAUUUGCUUAAACACAAAUUCCCCCCGUUGUGUGCAAUUAUGAUGAUUCCUAUACAUAUCACUAUGUUUUUUUGUUUU